AUGGAAAAUCAUAACACCGAAAACAAGGUAAGCUUCAUCUGUUUGUUGAACCAUAAAUCUAAUUAUUUUGGUUUUCAGUUGAAAAGACAACAGCUCGAAUCACCAUUCAGUUCAGCGUCGCCUAUUUCAAGAGUUGGAAAAGAGCCCAAAAGAUUGUUUGGAAACAGUUCGCCACUUGCGAGAGUCAAUGGUUAGUUCAUGACUUCAAAUUUAUAAAAAAAACAUAUAUAUUUUUAUUAAUUUCAGGAGCUCCAGCCGCUGUCGAUCCAUUUUUGGACGAAACCACUGUCGAAAACUCCUUCAUGCGCCCAAAUUCAUCUGCAUCUACUGCAAAUUCAACAAUUGAUGGCGGUGAAGAAGUAUCUCUUGCUCCAUCAAGUCCAUAUACUGCAUCAGCAUCAGAUUUGAGCGCGGUUGCUGAAGAAGAAGAGAAUUUGACUAUGGAUGUGACAUUGUCGGAAACGUUCGCGAAAGCUGAAAAUGCUGAUGAAACAGUCGCACCAACAUCGGAUUUCGAAUCUUCUUUGCAUUCAACACCAACUGCACCGCCUACAGUUGCCAGACAAAUUGCAAGAUCUUUUGUCAGAACACCAGUUCAUACAAAAAAGAAUAUGGUGGAUGAAUCGUUGUAUGUUUUUCUUUUUUUCUGUAUAUUUUUAACUCCAUAUUCUUUUUUUUCAGAUGUGAAUUUAUGGUUUUGGAAAAGGAGACUGAAAAAGAUGGAGAGAUUCAAGCACUUGGAGAAGAAUUGCAUCAAGUUCGUGACAAGUAUGAGUCACAAAUCAAGGAAAUUGAAGAAGGUAGAAAGAUGGAAAUCGAUAUGUUGACAUCUCAAAUCGAUACUUUGGCUAAAAAACUGAAGGAAGCAAAUAAACGAGAAGCUGAACUCAAAAAUUCGAUUAAUGAAUCCGAAAACAGUGAGAAUUUGAAUGAUCAAAUCGAUAAUUUGUCAAAACAAUUGGAACAUUUGAAUGCGGAUAACACUUCAAGUCAAUCGAAAAUUAAUCAUUUGAACUCUGAAAUAUCAUCCAAGGACGGAAUUAUUGUUGAGUUGAAGUUGGAAAUCGACGAUCUCAAGAGCAAUUUGAUUACUCGUACUGAAGAAAUUCGUUUAGAAGCGAUGCAAAGAGAAUGCGAAAUGGAUGCAGAAGCUGAUAAAUUGGAACAAGAACGACUUCUUGAGAUUGAAACAUUGACAACGACGAUCAACAAAUUGCAAACUGAAUUAUCUGAGAGAAAUUCGACUGUUGAUGGUUUGUUCCAAGAGUUGGAGAUGACCAAGAGAUCAUUAAUUGAAUUGCAAUCAAAUGCUGAAAUUGGAAAAGUAUCGGAAAAUGCUGAAGAAUCAAUGAAAGUUGAAAUCGACGCUUUGAAUUCUCAACUUUCCGUACUUCUCAAUCAAAAAGUUCAAUUGGAAGACAAUCUUCAAACCCUGACAACCGAAUCGGAACAAAGAAUUAGCAGUGUUCAGAAGGAAAACGAUGAUCUGCUCAAAACAAUUGCAGAGUUGCGAGAAAUGGUAAUUUGCUUUUUGUUGUUGCUUUUUUAAACUAUGUUUUUUUUUCAGAUCAGUGAUUCUGCUGCGAAAAUGGACGAAUUGUCGAAUGAAUUGACAUCUACAAAAGCGAAUCUCGAACAAGUCGAAUCAAACAACCAAAACAGUUUAGGCCAAUCAGAACAAAUCACAAGUCUUCAAGCCGAAUGUCAAGAAUUCGAGAAAUUAUUGAAGGAAGCAAAUGAAGCAGUUGCUGAAAACAAUAUCGAAUUGGAAGAAGCUCGAUCAAAAAUCGUUGAACUUUCAGAAGAAAACUCGAAAAUUGUUGCUGAUUUGAAUAACUUCAAAGAAACUCAAUCGGAAACUAAAGAUGAAGAGAUCGACCAACUUCGUGCAAAAUUGGAAGAAGUUCAACAAUUGUUGUCAGAUUCGAAGAAUGAAGCUGAUAGUUUGAAAGAACAAUUAGAGAAGGCUGUUGGAUCUGUGGAUGUAUUGGAAAAGGAGAAGAUUGAGUUGGUUGGGAAAUUGGAGAAUAACGAGUCUGAUUCUGAACAAGUUGCACAACUCAGAGAAGAGAAACAAGAGCUCGAACAGAUGAUCAAGGAAUUGAAUGAAUCGGUAAGGACUUUUAUGAUGGAACUUGAAAUUAAAAUUAAAAUUGCAGAUUGCUGAAACAAAUUUGGACAAUUCGAAUUUGACUGCAAAACUCACCGAAUCCGAAAAUCUUGUCGAAAAAUUGACAUCAGAUAAUAGUCAUUUGGUUUCACAAAGUCAAGAAAAUUUGCUAGCUCUUCAACAACAAAUCGAACAAUUGAAUAGCGAAAAGGAAGAGAUUGUGAAAACAUUGCAAUUGGAAUCAAGCGAAGAGAAUGAAAAGAUUAUGGUGGAGAAUCUUGAGCUUCGCCAAAUCGAGGAACAAUUGAAUAGCAAGGUAUUUUUUACAAAGAGAAUGUAUGCCAAACAUAAUGUCAUUCUUACAGAUUUCACAAUUGGAGAUUGAAUGUGCCAGUUUGAUUUCGAAAUUGAAUGAUGCAACUUCAGUCAAUGAUGCAAAACAAAGUGAAUUCGACGCCAAAUUGUCUGAAUUAUAUCAAUCAUUGAAUGAAAAAGAAUCUGAAAUCGCUGAAGUUCAAUCAUCCAGUUCUACUUUCAAACAAGAAAUCCAAAAACUCGAAGAAGAAAAGGAAAAAUUGGAGAAUGAAUUGCGAGAUACGCGAGAUGAAAUUGAUACAAUUCGACAAGAAAAUGAAGAAUUGACAAAUAAGAUGAAUUCCAUUGUUGGAGGAAACGAGGAAAUAUUGGAAAAAAUCGAAUCACUCACCAAUUCAAAUGGAACAAUGCUUCAACAAAUUGAUCAAAUUCAAAAUGAGAAAGCUGAAAUUGUCAAAAAAUUGGAAGAUCUAUUGGAAGAACGACAAUCUCAUAAUGAGCAAAUUGAGGUUGUGAAUUCGGAAAAUGAAAGUUUGCAACGAAAAAAUCGAAGAGCUCAGCCAAACCGUGAGUUUUUUUGCCAAAGUAAACUUUAUGAAUAAAUUAAUGUUUUGUAGAUUGCUCAAUUGAAUGA